CAAAUUUGUGCAAGUCGCCCAAGUUACCAAGCGAAAAUAUUUUUGAGGUUAGAUCUGUUACUCCUGUUUGCUUUUUGAUUUUCAGUUCUUUCGAAGUGAUAAACAGGAAAAUAAUCCAAGUUUUCAAAAAUGUCUGCAAGAUACGAUCGUGCCAUUACCGUAUUCUCACCAGACGGUCAUUUAUUGCAAGUGGAAUACGCACAGGAAGCUGUGAGAAAAGGAUCAACUGCUGUUGGUGUUCGUGGAACUAACACAGUAGUCCUAGGCGUUGAGAAGAAAUCUGUCGCAAAACUUCAAGAAGAACGUACAGUGAGAAAAAUAUGCCUUCUAGAUGAACACGUAGUUAUGGCAUUUGCUGGACUAACUGCUGAUGCUAGGAUUUUGAUUAAUCGUGCUCAAAUCGAGUGCCAGAGCCAUAAGCUCACUGUUGAAGAUCCUGUAACUUUGGAGUAUAUCACUAGAUACAUUGCCAGUUUGAAACAAAAAUACACUCAAAGUAAUGGUAGAAGGCCUUUUGGGAUAUCUUGCCUAAUUGGUGGGUUUGAUGACGAUGGUACCCCUCAUUUAUACCAAACAGAACCCUCUGGAAUUUAUUAUGAAUGGAAAGCCAACGCUACUGGCAGAUCUGCCAAGACUGUUAGAGAAUUCUUGGAAAAAUAUUACACCAAUGAGGAAAUAGCAACUGAAAGAGGUACUAUAAAGUUAGCCAUUCGUGCUUUACUCGAAGUAGUUCAAUCCGGUCAGAAAAAUCUUGAAAUUGCUGUAAUGCGCCAUAAUGAGCCAAUGCAAAUGCUUGAUGCUGAAACCAUAGAAAAAUAUGUUACGGAAAUUGAGAAAGAAAAGGAAGAAGAGGCUGAAAAAAAGAAGGCAAAGAAGUAAAGUAUUUUCUUUUGUGGUGGACAUUUAUGAUUUUUUGAAGUAACUUUUUUCUUAUAAUAAUUAUAAUUGAGGUUAAGUGAUUAAUAUAAGGCGUUUUGCUAAAAAGAAU